AUGGGGACCGAGCCCGCGGAGCAGGUCUUCUGGGGCCCAUACUCUGGGGACGACGAGGAGGCAUACUCAGCGGAGCCCUUGCCAGAGCUCUGCUACAAGGCGGAUGUCCAGGCCUUCAGUCGAGCCUUCCAAUCCAGUAUCUCCCUGAUGGUGGCCGCCCUGGGUCUGGCUGGCAAUGGCUUGGUCCUGGCCACCCACCUGGCAGCCCGAAGUGCCUCCCGCUCACCCACCUCGGCCCAUCUGCUCCAGCUGGCCCUGGCCGACCUUCUGCUGGCCCUGACUCUGCCCUUUGCCGCAGCGGGAGCCCUGCAGGGCUGGAAUCUGGGAAGUGUCACCUGCCGUGCCAUCUCGGGCCUCUACUCGGCCUCCUUCUACGCAGGCUUCCUCUUCCUGGCCUGUAUUAGCGCCGACCGCUACUUGGCCAUUACGCGGGCCCUCCCAGCCCGACCUAGGCCCUCGGGGCCGGGCAGAGCACACUUGGUCUCAGUCAUCGUGUGGCUGCUGUCACUGCUCCUGGCACUGCCUGCUCUUCUGUUCAGCCAGGACGGGCAGCGGGAAGGCCAGCGGCGCUGCCGCCUCAUCUUCCCCGAGGGCCUCACGCAGACGGUGAAGGGGGCGAGCGCCGUGGCGCAGGUGGUCCUGGGCUUCGCGCUGCCGCUCGGCGUCAUGGCGGCCUGCUACGCGCUCCUGGGGCGGACGCUGCUGGCCGCCAGGGGGGGGCCGGAGCGCCGGCGCGCGCUGCGCGUCGUGGUGGCCCUGGUGGCGGCCUUCGUGGUGCUGCAGCUUCCUUACAGCCUCGCCCUGCUAUUGGAUACCGCCGACCUACUGGCCGCCCGCGAGCGGAGUUGCCCUGCCAGUAAACGCAAGGACCUGGCGCUGCUGGUGACCGGGGGCCUGGCUCUCGCCCGCUGCGGCCUCAACCCCGUGCUCUACGCCUUUCUGGGUCUGCGCUUCCGCCAGGACCUGCGGAGGCUGCUCCGGGGUGGGAGCUGCAGCUCCGUGCCUCACCCCCGCGGCCGCUGCCCCCGUCGGCCCCGCCUCUCUUCCUGCUCGGCUCCCACUGAGACCCACAGUGUUUCCUUCUGGGACAACUAG